AGUCGGGAGCGCGCCUCGGUCCACCGCCGCCGCCGUCUGUUUUCUUCACAGCACGGCUCGCUCCUCCGACGGUCCACCGUGUAACUAUGGCAGCCCUGAGUAAGAUUCCGCACAGUUGCUAUGAGAUCGGACACACAUGGAACCCUUCCUGUGUCAUGUCCACCCUGGAGAUCACUGCGGGGGCUCUGGAGGUCUCUUUCAAAAUAUAUGCACCGCUUUACCUGAUAGCAGCCAUCCUGCGGAGAAGGAAGAAGGAGUAUUAUCUGAAGAGACUCCUCCCUGAGAUCCUUCAGUCCACGUCCUUCCUCACCGCUAAUGGAGGACUCUACAUCGCCUUCUUCUGCAUCCUCAGGAAACUGCUGGGUGGCUUCACCUCCUGGUCCGCUGGGUUCGGAGCAGCUCUACCUGCCUCUUAUAUCUCUAUCCUCAUGGAACGCAAGAGCAGGAGAGGUCUGCUGACGAUCUACAUGGCCAACCUGGCGACAGAGACCUUGUUCCGUAUGGCUGUCACACGAGGCAUCGUCAACCCCCUCAAACACGGGGAGGUUCUGCUGUUCUGUAUGACAGCAUCUCUUUACAUGUUCUUCUUCAGGAGUAAAGAUGGACUUAAAGGAUUCUCCUUCUCAGCGCUCAAGUUCAUCGUUGGGAAGGAGGAGAUUCCAACACACUCCAACCUGUCCGAGCACAGCAAUCCACAACCCCUGGAGACAUCCGUCAACACAGAGUCACAGAGGUCAACAGGAAGCCCCGCAUCCGGCAGGAAGUCCCUCAUCACCCUCACCAGGAGACUGCUAGAAUCUAUAUGCAAGCAUGGACCCAGACAUCGAUGCUGUAAACACUACCAGGACAACUGCAUAGUCUACUGUGUCAAGGGCUUCAUCCGUAUGUUCAGUGUGGGCUACCUGAUCCAGUGUUGUCUGAAGGUUCCGUCGGCGUUCCGCCAGGUCUUCACGAAGCCGUCCCGCCUCCCCUCUCUCUUCUACAACAAAGAGAACUUUCAGCUGGGGGCUUUCCUAGGGUCCUUCGUCUCUAUAUACAAGGGGACCAGCUGCUUGCUGCGUUGGGUGCGUAACAUUGAUGACGAGCUCCACGCACUCAUAGCGGGGUUCCUGGCUGGCAUGUCCAUGUUCUUCUACAAAAGCACAACAAUCUCCAUGUACCUGUUCUCCAAGCUAGUGGAGACCAUGUACUUUAAAGGCAUUGAGACGGGUCACCUCCCCUACUUCUCCCAGGCUGACACCAUUAUCUACGCCAUAUCUACCGCAAUCUGCUUCCAGGCUGCGGUGAUGGAGGUGCAGAAUCUCAGACCCUCCUACUGGAAGUUUCUCCUCAGGCUCACCAAGGGCAGGUUUGCUUUUAUGAACAGGAGGGUGCUGGAUGUGUUUGGGACUCAGGCCUCCAGAGACUUCCAUGGAUUCAUGCCCAACAGAACCCCCGUUACGCCACCCCGACCCUGAGCCCUUAACAGAACAUCACUCUGGGUUGACCCCACACUGUUAGAGGUCAUGGGGUCAGCCGGGGGUCCUAAAUGGAGGCCUGUUUCCUGUAGAGUGCACUACAUAUGGAACACAUUGGCUCUCUCUAAGGACCUGUGUCUGUGCGAGGACACUUCAUAAGGCUGUUUUAAGGAUGUUCAACCCGUAGAGGGCAGAUGAUAUUGUAUGUAAAGGAGGG